AUGUCCUUUCAGCGACAUUCCUCACUUCAAAACCACCUCGACUGUGGGAAGCACAAGUACGCUCUAGAGUGCGAAACUUUAUUUGUUAAGGCAAUAAUUAUGUACGCAUCAAAGCUUGAACAAGGAGCAACUUGUGAUGUACCACAGAUCUGUGAAGACAUUCCUGUUGACGUUGUAGCUACGCCGAUUCUGAAUAUGGGCUGGGCCCUUAAAAGUACCAAGGAGUACAAACGACUAUCGGAGAAACAAAAGACAUAUUUACUAGAUACUUACCAAGUCGGUGAGCAGACUGGUCAAAAGGCUGAUCCUGUGUCGGUUUCAAGAACGAUGAAGAGGGCAAGGCUCUCCACUGGCGAGCCUAUGUUCACAGCUACCGAAUAUCUGACGGCACAGCAAAUCGCCAGUUUCUAUUCGCGUGAAAGAGCAAAGUGGAGGAAGGCUGCUGCUGGCGUCUCAACUACAUCCCAGAAGGAUAUAUAG